AUGACCUUGAGCCCCAAGCCGACGCCCUUUUCGGUGAGUGACAUCCUGUGUCCGUACGAGGAAGCCUACCGCAAGUCCACGCUGGAUUCCAGCUUCGUCUCACUGCCGAGCUCGCCCGUGUACCGCGGCCAGCAGAACAUGGCCAACCCGUACUCGCACAUGCACGUGCCGCAGCUGGCGACGCCGGCCGCAGCCUUUCCGGCCCAGUACUGCAACGCGCCCGAGUUCGGACACUACGGCGACGUGCGCAACAGCUCGGCCGGCUGGUACGGCACGCCCAGCGACCCCCGCUUCUCUCCGCCUAAUGACGGGGUCCACCGGCCCAUGAACGUCAACAUGUCCAACAUGGCGCCGUUCGGCGCGUGCUCUGACACCAAGCCGAUGCAGUUUCCGCUCAGCCAGCGACGCAAGCGACGCGUGCUGUUCACGCAGGCACAGGUGUACGAGUUGGAGCGACGCUUCAAGCAGCAGAAGUACCUCUCCGCGCCAGAGCGGGAGCAUCUGGCCAGCCUGAUUCAUCUAACUCCUACCCAGGUAAAAAUCUGGUUCCAGAACCACCGCUACAAGUUCAAGCGCCAGGCCAAGGAGAAGGCGAUGAGCGAGCAGGCGGGCUCGCCGCGCCGCGUGGCCGUGCCGGUGCUGGUGAAGGACGGCAAGCCGUGCAGCAGCGGCUCCGGCGAGGCGACCACCACCAGCAGCGCGCCGAGCAUGACGCCCACCAUGGCCAUGGCGCAGCCAGCCGGCGAGGGCGGCGCGCAGAUGUGCGCCUCCUACCUGCCGCUGCCCGGCCGCAGCUGGUAA